AAGAAUCAAAGCUCAAUGCUGACGUGUCAAACAGCUUUUAGCUUAAACGGAUCAAAAUCCAAUUCCUCGUGCACUCAUUUCAUUGCCAACAUCGAAAAAACCGAAACUCUUUCUUCAAAACAAACAUAACCUUAACUAAUAACUGUCUCGCGCGUUUUUUUUAACUUCCUUUUGUUUUAGUUUCGUUGUGUAUGUUUGGAUCUUAAGAAGAAAAAAAUGAUUGAAACUAAGGACCCUGAAAUUAAGCUCUUUGGGAAGAAGAUUCUUUUUCCUGGGGAAGGUGAAGCUCUUAUGAUUGAUGGUGAGGAAAAUGUUUCGCCCGCGGCGGCUAUGGAUGUAGAAGAAGAAAGAGAUAGUGAGUCUGAGAAUGAAGAUGAUGAAGAAGAAACGGAGAAGGAUCCUGAAGCAGAUAAAGAUACUGAGGAAAAGAAAGAAGCUGAUCCUCCACCAGAUGCAGCAGAGAUCAAGAACAACAACAAUUCAGCAGCAACAUUACCGGAGGGUAACCCAAAAACACCUUCCAUAGAUGAAGAAACUUCAAAAUCCGAAAACGAACAAAGUGAAACAACAGCAAACAACAACGAUACUCAAGAGAAAACACUAAAGAAACCAGACAAAUUACUCCUGUGUCCACGCUGCAACAGCGCGGACACAAAGUUCUGUUACUACAAUAAUUACAACGUCAAUCAGCCGCGCUAUUUCUGCAAGGCGUGUCAAAGAUAUUGGACUGCAGGUGGAACCAUGAGAAAUGUUCCGGUGGGUGCAGGAAGAAGAAAAAAUAAGAACAACUCUUCGUCGCAUUAUCGCCACAUCACCAUCUCUGAGGCUCUUGAUGCAGCAAGAAUUAUUUCUCCUAAUGGAACUCAUCAUCUUCAAAAUUUGAAAACCAAUGGUAGAGUUCUCAACUUUGGGUUGGAUCAUCCACAUAUCUAUGAUUCAAUGUCAAAUGAUCUCAAUCCUGCAGAGAAAAAGGUUCUUAACGACACUCGAAAUAAUGGUGAUCGUUUUUCAAGUGCGUCUUCUGUUACAGUUUCAAAAUCCAUGGAGGAAAGUGGUAAAAACAUGACACAAGAAUCAUUGCCACAGAAAAAUAAUGGUUUCAUUCCCCAAGUUCCAUGUAUGACUAGUGUUCCUUGGCCUUAUACUUGGAGUUCUGGCGCAAUUCCCUCGCCGCAAACUUUGUGUCCUCCGGGAUUUCCCAUGUCAUUUUACCCUGCUCCUUUUUGGAAUGUUCCUUGGUUUCCGCCUCAUACUCCCGCGACAACUCCAAGAUCUAGUCCGAAAUCUCCAACGCUCGGGAAACACUCGAGGGACGAUGACAACACCAACGACGAAAAUGCUAAACAAGACAGUUUGCAAACAGAAGAAUCACCAAAACAAAGAAAUGGGUGUGUUUUGGUUCCUAAAACAUUGCGAAUUGAUGAUCCAACCGAAGCUGCAAAGAGUUCAAUUUGGGAAACACUUGGAAUUAAGAAUGAAGGUUUGAGUAGAGGUGGUAUGACUAAGGCUUUUCAAUCAAAGAAAGAUGGUAAAAACCAUGUUCAAACCUCUCCAAUGUUGAUGGCUAACCCUGCAGCUUUAGCUAGAUCGCUUAAUUUCCAUGAGAACUCUUAAAUAAGAAAUAAUCCUUUUUGUAUUGUGUUUGAGAAUUGAGGUUAGUCACUUCUUCUCUUGAGACAGUGACCAUCUUUCUCACCAAUGUGCAUUUGGUUGGUAGUCUCAGCACAAGAAAGGGGAACUAAUUUUGUCUCUUUUUGUGUAACACUAUAAAUAGGUGUUUUUAUUUUAUGUGCUAAGCUUGUUCUGUUUGAGUUGAUGUACAUGUAAAUAUAAGCUUGUUCUCUUCA